AUGGAUAUCGAUGUUCCCGUGCCUAUGGCACCGCAGGCUGAUGGUGCCAGCGAGAUCCCGACAACGCUCUGCUACAAUUGCGGGGCUCCGUUGGUUGGGACGACGAUAUGCCCUGAUUGCAUGAAACUUCAGAUCGAUAUCUCACAGGGCAUCCAACGAGAGGCAGUUCUAAACUUCUGUCGCGAUUGUGAGCGCUGGCUCUUACCUCCGAACUCAUGGCAAGUUGCGGCCCUCGAGUCGCGGGAGUUGUUGGCGCUUUGCUUGAAAAAAUUAAGGGGACUGAACAAAAUUCGAGUGAUCGAUGCGGGAUUCAUCUGGACUGAACCACACUCGCGGAGAAUCAAGGUCAAGCUCACAAUUCAAGACUCUGUGUCCGACGGUGUUAUCCUCCAACAGACUUUUGAGGUCAUAUAUAUUGUCAUGUACCAGCAAUGUCCCGAGUGCGCAAAGUCAUAUACCCCCAACACGUGGCGGGCUUCCGUCCAGGUUCGACAGCAGGUUCUUCACAAGCGAACCUUCCUUUACCUCGAACAGCUCAUCCUCAAGCACAAGGCACACCAAAAUACCAUCAACAUCAAGGAGGCCAAGAACGGAAUUGAUUUCUUCUUCGCCCAGCGAAAUCAUGCGGAAGCGUUCAUCGAUUUUCUUCAUUCUGCGGUGCCCGUGGAGGUCACAAAGUCACAGCAAAUCAUUUCCGAAGAUAUCCACACCUCGACCAAAUCAUACAAAUUCACCUACUCUGCCAAGAUUGUGCCUAUCUGCAAGGACGAUCUAGUUGCCCUACCGAUUAAACUCGCAAAGCAGCUUGGCAACAUAUCACCGCUGCUUCUCUGCAACCGAAUUGGUACCUCAAUUAGUUUCCUGGAUCCCAACACACUUCAGAGCGCCGACCUAAAUUCCCGGAUAUACUGGCGAUCACCGUUCACAUCUCUAGCAGAAGCGAAAGAUCUUGUUGAAUUUAUUGUCUUGGAUGUAGAGCCAACAGGGCAUUCCAGGGGGAAAUGGUUCCAAUCUGAGGUAACGGUCGCCCGAGCGUCCGACUUCAGUGGCGACAAACAAUACUUUACGAGGACGCAUCUCGGCAGCAUCAUCCACCCGGGCGAUUCCGUGCUAGGUUACAUGUUGACUGGAACGAAUUUCAACAACGCCCAGUUUGAUGAAAUCGAGUCGUCCAAUACGUACAGUUCGACCAUUCCGGACGUCAUUCUCGUCAAGAAAUUCUACCCUAGACGCUCGAAGCACACCAAGCGCAACUGGAAGCUCAAGCGCAUGGCCACAGAACACGACCCCUACCUUCUACCCAACAAUAAAGAAUCAGUGGAGAAUGACUUUGAGAUGUUCUUGCGCGAUGUUGAAGAGGACCAGGAGCUACGGGCGACGUUGGCGUUAUAUAAGAACAAGAAGAAGGACGACACGAUGAGUGUGGCGGACACCGACAUGAUGAACGACGACGACGAUGAAGUUCCCAAGAUCAGUAUGGACGAGUUACUGGACGACUUUGAUGACCUCGAAAUUGACGACAACAUGCAAGAUUGAACGUACAUAGUAUGAAUCAAAAGCGGCAAUUCCAGCCCCACA